UACAGGCGCGUUCAUCCUGAACAGGUAGAGUAGGUGGGACUUCCGAGACGUCAUCGCGAGGGAGAACUGUCCAUCAUGACGUUGCCUAGCAACAACAGCCCUUCGGCGAUGACCACGCCCAGUGCGGUGUCCUUUUCAUCCAUCAACUCGACGAAUGUCACGAACUUCACGACGAUGUCCCCGAACGGUACCGAAGUCUGCAAAAACGACGAGGGAGGAGUCGUCCAAAUCGUCGGGAUAGGGGUGUCGAUCCUCAUCAUACUAGAAAACAUCUUAGUCAUCUGGGCUAUCGCGAGAAACAGGCGAGACUUCAGAAAAGUCACGUAUUACUUCAUAGGGAACCUCGCCAUAGCAGACGCCUUGGCAGGGGUCGUGUUCUUGUACACCUUCUUGGUAAACGACCUCCUUAAAGUCGCGGACUCGCGAGAGGGUUGGAUAGCAAGAAAGGGUUUUCCUGUAGCCUUCUUCGUGGCCUCGUUGCUUAGCCUAGUCCUUGUGUCUAUAGACCGCUACGUGCAAUUCGUGUACCCGAUGAAGUACAAGAACCUCCUGACGAAACACUGCUGCAAGAUCUUCAUCGUCGUCAUGUGGAUCCUGUCGCUGGUGUUCGUCAUCACGCCCCUAGCGGGUUGGAACUGCAUCACAGCCAACUGCACGUGCAAGGAGGGUCCGUACGCUUGCCCGGACGCCACUUGCUCCCUCGCCGUGCCGCCUUUUACCAAGAGCUACGGCAUCACGUGCGUAGUUGUCUUCCUGGCCAGUUUAGUCGUCAUCAUGUUCUGUUACACCGGAGUCUACGUGUCCGUCAGCCGACACCUUAAACGCAUGGCCACCUACACGUUUACCGCAGCCACAGUCAAACUCACCGAAGUCACCGACACCGCCGUGCAAGAGGCCCCUCGGCAACGCAUGUCGGACAUUCGCCUGGCUAAAGCCCUGGCUAUCGUCCUCGGGGUCUUCCUCGCCUGUUGGUUUCCCGUCAUUUUCCUCAUGUUCAUGGACAUCAGCUCCUGGAGCGACGAAAUCCCGUCGUUUAAGAGCCGCGAGCGAAUGUUGUUCCUAGCGGACGUCUGUUCUAUUCCCGCGUUGUUGAAUUCCGCGAUCAACCCCAUCAUCUACGCGUGCAGCCUUCGGAAGAUGGGCCAGGAACUGAAGUCCCUGCUCUGCUGCAUCUUCUGCUGUAAGAAAAAGGCUGUGCCUCGGCUGUCGAGAAGGGGCUCGGAAACAGCGAGUAGUGAGAGUUUGUACAGAAAGAACAGCGUCCGAAGGAACAACAGCGUUCGGAAAAACCAUUUCUCUACUCUGUAGGACUUUCUGAGUGUACAGGAACUCACAUGAAGCCAAUGCUAGUUUAGAUUUAUUCGCGGGGUAACCUUUAUCCGUUGUUUUGAAAAACAGUGUAUAGAGUUUUCAACUCGACUGCAAUAUUUCUAAUAUUUUUCAGUACAAACUACUAAGAAUAUUGCAAGUUGAAACCACUUUCCGUCGACACCAUAUCCCAAAAUACCGUUUGUAAAAACAACGGACAUAGGUUACCCCCACAGAUAAAGGUGAACUAAUGUUACAUGUGUAGUCAUCUUUUAUAUGACCAAAGGAUAUGACAUCUUCGGGUAUUGAAAUCUCUAUAACCUGUAAAUAUUGAGUAGUAAAAUAGCUUAAUUCUAUGACGAACUUCACCAUUUAAAUGUGUAAGAAUGACUGUAAAUAUUUCAACCGUGUUCGUAAAAACUAUUUCUCCGUUCUGAAAGCUUAGGAGUUUGCAAAGCCACACGAAGCUACAUGUGCUUUUAUGACCAAAAGACAUGAAACCUUUAAGGUGGUAUCUCACCGCACUUGGGGCAUCGGUGCACUUAUUUUCGCCGUUUUUUAUAAUUUAGAUAUUGUGUAAAAUGUGACUUAAGAAGACAACAAAAUACACAAAACGUAAGAACAUUCGUUUUAUAUCUCUGAAAUUCGUUGAACAAUCUUCAAAACCUGCAGUGCCGCACCAUUGUCCCAAGUGCAGUGAGAUAGCACCUUAAGUUACAGGUACAAUUGAAACCUCUACAACCUGUCAGAUAUAGAUUAGCACAAAAGAGAAACAGCUUUGUAGACUUGCGAAAAGAGAAAAAGCUCCUAGUGGAGAGCUUUAAUCAUACGUAUGUGACAGUUAGAAUGUAUAUAUUUCAAUCAAAGUAUCAUAGUUUUAUUUCAUGACAUUACCAAUAUGUAAUAUAUACAGUCAAAGUGUGAAUCUUUGCUUCGACAAAAGAUGUGAUAACAUAUGC